AACACCGAACAGGGAUGGGCCAGCGCUGUUACUCGGUCGAAGACAUUGAAGCAUAGGUACUUUCUGCCGAGGUGUUUAAAGAAAAAAAUGGAACCUGAUGUCAUGAGAUCACUACCCGAAUGGCUGACAGAAAACUACAUCGCAAAUCUUCUUUGCAAGGAGCAAAGAAGGCACGUUCCUACCAAGAUCUUAGAUGUAUCCUGUGCUUCAGAACCAGGGGAUAACUACUUGGGAUCUGUGUACAGAAUCAAAGUUGAGUGCUGCUCGUUAGAAAAAGAUCUAAUAGUGAAAAUAAUGCCGAAUGAAAGGGAUGGGUGUAAGUUCAUAUCUAGCUUUGGAGUGUUUCAGAGAGAACUUGACAUGUACCACAAAGUGCUGCCAAAGUUGUACAGUGUAAUGAAAGAUAAAUCUGGACAUAUCGAGUACUUCAGUCCGUAUUGCUAUCCCACAACGAGGACUGACGCUAUCAUAUUAGAAGACUUGAAGCCACUGGGGUACCACAUGGCGGACAGGAAGAAACAGCUAGAUAUGGACCAUGCGCUACUAGUGUUGUCUACCCUGGCGAAACUACAUGCAUUUUCCUACAUCAUGGGUCCCGAGAGUAUCAAACAUUACCACGAUGUUUUUUUCUCCAAAGAGAUUCGGCAUUUAUCAGGAGGCUUUCUUACAUCCAUUGUAAAAAGUCUUUGUCGGACAGUUUCUACAUGGAAGGGCUUCGAGGAUUGUGCUUCAAAUUUAUGGUGCUUCUCUGAGUCAGCAAUAGAACAUAUUAAUGAUGAUGUUGCACCCAGGGAAGACUCUUUUUGUGUCUUGAAUCACGGGUACUGUUGGACCACCAAUUUUUUAUUUCGGUACUGUCCAGACACUGGGACGUUACUUGAUAUGAAAUUAAUUGAUUUCCAGCUAGGCCGAUACUCCUCUCCUGCUUUAGAUUUAAUAUUUUUCUUUCAUACAAGUCUUCGACUUGAUGUGUGGAAGCAGCAGGAUAAACUUUUAAAGCAUUACCAUGACGAACUUACAAGGUGGCUAGCUUCAUCAGGUUGCAGCCCCAAUGUUUACACUUACCAGGAUUUGCAAAAAGACAUGACAGAAAAAGUAUCAUACGCUCUUGCAAUUUCAUCAACAGUGCUAGCAAUAGCCCUAGCCGGACCGGGGGAAGAGCCUAACUUGGAAAAACUGCUUCUCGAAUCUAGCGAAUCACAGACAAGCGAGUACCAUAACGCACAGAGCACACAUCUGUAUCGUGAAAUAAUGCAAGUAUUUCUUACAUCUUUUGAUAAAAAGGGACUGUUUAAACUGUGUGAUAAAUAAUUUUGUUAAAAAAUAAUAUAUUACUAAAACUCAACAAAAACAUUUCCUAUAUCUCUUACUUAGAAUUUCAACUCUUUGAAUAUCACUUAAAUAAUUAGAAUAAUUUAUAAUAUUUUUAAUAAAACCUUGUUUUUUGAUAUAAGCAAGUCUAUGGCUCAACGUUAAAAUAUGAACAUGUAGGACUUUUAUAAUUAAUUAAAGAAUGUUCCAAAAUAUUUUUUUGGCUAUUACUAUUCAAAUGUAUAUAUGUAAUAAGUAAUGCCAAAGUAACAUAUAUUUAAUUGAUAUUAAAAUUUAUUUAAAAAUAUUUUUAGUAUUAUUUAUUCAUGUGUAACACCUAAGCUCUGGGUAUACGAAAUUUAAUAAAUGCGACGGAAGUGUGUUACAGGAAGUAUGGAGCGACUGUUCACCUAGGCGGCUGGCGCAAACCAAAGUUCACAAAGAAAGAGUAAAGGAAACGUGAUAUUACUAACUGUUUAAGGAAUUUCAACAAGAGGGACAGUUCUGUAAAAUACAGGUUGCGGCAGAGAGGACGGACGUGUUUAAGAUGGGUAGUACUCUCCCCCUCCGUCAACGAGAGAGUUGGGGAGGGUGCCGUUUGACUCGUGAGUUCCUAGCAUUGUUUUACCAGUUGUCAUGGAGCCUUGGACGGUGGAGCACCGCGUUUUCACCUAUGAUUGUUUCGUCCGAAAUAAUGAGUCAGUCACCGUCGUACAGCGUGAGUUUAGUCGCCACUUCAACAUUCAUCGUAAUAGAGCUGUUCCCUCUCGAAACACCAUCCUUCGUUGGGUUGAAUCACUUCGCAGGCGUGGUGAACUGAUCAACAGAAGACCAAGAGGAGCUCCGCGAACAGUUCGAACUCCUGAAAAUUUUGAAAUCGUUCGACAAGCCUUUCUUCGCAGUCCGACUCGACUCUGGACGAAUUGAAGGACGCAAUUCGCGUGGAAGUCGCCCAAGUUGAGAGAGCGAGUCUACGCGAACUUCAAAGAACGCCUCCAGCACUGCAUCAACAAUUUCAGCCACCACAUGCCUGAUGUGAUUUUCCACACUUGACUGUCCCAAAUGCUAUUUCCUUGUGAACCUGACUGCAUCAAUAAAUUUGUUUUUGCGUAAAAAUUAA